GCUAAAGGAACUCCAGGGCCACGUAGUCCUGGCGGUGCGCCAGCAGUACGUUGCCAUCGGUGACGAGCAGGUGACUCUGGCAGACGGAGACGAGGUGGCGGUGGUGCCGCCGCUGAGUGGAGGAUAAAGAGCAGACGACAUGACGGAGGAACCCAGGGACGUCUUCAGGCUGAGCCGUGAUUGGCUGUCGGUACAGGAAGUGGUGGACUCUGUCAGCAGCCCCUCCUGCGGAGCCGUCUCUGUGUUUCUAGGUACGACCCGAGAGGACCGGGUGGACGGCAGGAAGGUGAUUGGUCUGGAGUACGAGGCGUACGAGCCCAUGGUCCAAUCAGAGUUCUCCAGGCUGUGUGCGGACAUGAGGGCGCGUUGGCCCGCCCUGAUGCACGUCUGCAUCCACCACCGCCUGGGGUGGGUGAAGGUGGGCGAGGCCAGCGUCGUCAUGGCGAUUUCGUCUCCGCACCGCCACGCCGGCCAGCAGGCCGUACAGUACUGCAUCAGCCACCUGAAGGCCAGCGUCCCCAUCUGGAAGAAGGAGGUCUACGACACCCAGGAGGCCAGCUGGAAGGAGAACCCGGAAUGUGACUGGUCACAGAGCGGAGCCGCUCAGAGUCCGACAUGAGGAGGAACCAGAACCUUCAGCCGGGAAUGACAUAGGAACCAAACUGGGAUCGGCCCAGUUUGAUGCUGUUCUGGUUUGGACGGGUUCAGGUGUCAGAAAUAAAGAGCCUUUACCUUUAAAA